UAGUACAAACCGUCACGUAACGAAGCAAACGUUGAAGUGAACUGAACUAACCCAUCAACCACCUCUCUCUGCCAUUGCAGUCAUAUCAACAUACAGGAAAAUGCGAUGAGAAGUCGUGCUGGUGUACCGGUAUCCGACUUUGAAUGCCAAGUGUGAGAACUCGAAUUGCGUGAUCGGUGGCGUAACAGGUAAGGCAGACUGUUCUGACGUAGGCUUCUGGAUGUGGUAUCCUGUGCUGAUAAGGUGAAAGCCGUAUUUAUCUGGACCUGUAAGUAGAUCCUCUCCAUCUGCCUUCUUCCUAAGUGAGGUUUAUAGUGUGGGAGGUAGUGCUUCAUGGAGGUUCCCGUGGUCACAGAGGAAGAGUAGGCAGCAGACAGGAUGAAGGAGGAGAACUUGUUUCAUCGGAGGAUGUCGCUGUCUCCCAACGCCACCUCUCCCUCCCCUCCUAAGAUCGACCACCGCUCUCUGACCCGCAACAUGUCUUACGGAGGAGAAAGCGAGCUCUUCCCGCUCAACCCAGGUAUGGAGUCAGAAGGGAAUGGUCUGUCCAUGAUGAGUGACGAGCUCAGCCCCGCCCAGUCGCCUAGCAGCAAGUCUGAGUCCAGGAUGUUCAAUAACGGUCUGGAGGACUGCUCCUCCCCCACAGAGAAGCUGGCCCGGAAGGAGUCUCUCAAGGUCCAGAAGAAGAAUUACAGACAGGAGAAGAAGCGGGCAGCCAAAGAACUGUCAAGCGCUCUGAAGGACCCCAGUGUUGUCAUCACGGCUAACUGGCUAAAGAUCCGUGGUUCGCUAAAGAGCUGGACCAAGCUGUGGUGCGCCCUGAAGCCGGGGGUCCUGCUGAUCUAUAAGACCCCUAAAUCGGACCACUGGGUGGGCACCCUCCUGCUCAACGCGUGCAAGCUCAUUGAGAGGCCCUCCAAGAAGGACGGCUUCUGCUUCAAGCUCUACCACCCGCUGGACAAGUCCAUCUGGGCUGUCAAGGGUCCUAAAGGGGAAAACGUUGGCUCCAUCACCCAGCCUCUACCCAGCAACUACCUGAUCUUCAGAGCUGCGUCAGAGUCUGACGGUCGGUGUUGGAUGGAUGCGUUGGAGCUGGCUCUGAGCUGCUCCAGCCUCUACAAGCUGACAGCUAAAGCAGGGAGAGAUGGAGACCUCAGCACCUCCUCGGAGUCCUCCCAUAUACUACAGCUACUGCAGUCGACUGCCCUCACUGAUGCUGAGCUACUACAGUUGGCCAACCAACAGAUGGAGAAUGACGGCUACUCUGAGAAAUCAGAGCACGAUGCCCAGGAGGAUUGGGACAACGGGGCCAAUGAGAACGGAGGUCGGCUGACGGAGGAGAGCGACAUGGACCAAUCGGACGAGCUGUCUCCGGGGCUGCAGGCCACAUCCUACGUCGAGCAGAGCCAGGAGGAGAUGGCCGAGGCUGGUGAGGCGUCCCAGGUGGAGACGGUGUCUGAGGAGAACAAGGGUCUGAUCUGGACCCUGCUAAAGCAGCUGCGGCCUGGCAUGGACCUGUCUAAAGUGGUCUUGCCCACCUUCAUCCUGGAGCCACGCUCUUUCCUGGACAAACUGUCAGACUACUACUACCACGCCAAUCUGCUGUCGGAGGCUGCGAGGGAGGAGAGUCCAUAUGGCAGAAUAAAGCAGGUCGUGCGCUGGUACCUGUCUGGCUUCUACAAGAAGCCCAAGGGUCUGAAGAAGCCCUAUAACCCCAUCCUAGGAGAGACGUUUCGCUGUUGCUGGCUCCACCCUCAGACAGACAGCUGCACCUUUUACAUCGCAGAGCAGAUCUCCCACCACCCACCGAUCUCUGCCUUCUACAUCUGCAACAAGAAGGACGGCUUCUAUAUCAGCGGCAGCAUCUUGGCCAAGUCCAAGUUUUACGGUAACUCUCUGUCUGCCAUACUGGAUGGCAGAGCCAGAUUGAUGCUGCUGGGCAGGGAUGAGGAGUACGUUAUCACCAUGCCUUACGCCCACUGUAAAGGUAUUCUGUAUGGCACCAUGACACUGGAGCUGGGAGGGAAGAUCACUAUUGAGUGUGAGAAAACCAAAUAUGUGGCAGAACUGGAGUUCAAGUUGAAGCCCUUCCUGGGAGGCUCCAGCAGUGUGAACGUGAUCUCGGGAAAGAUCCAGCAGGGAGACGAGCUGCUGGCCACGGUGGACGGACACUGGGAUGGUGAGGUGUUCCUACAGGAGAAGAAGUCAGGGCAGCAGGAGCACCUGUGGAACCCUACUCCAGAGGUCCGCAGCACCAGACUGAAGAGGCAGGUGGUACAGCUGGACCAGCAAGGGCAGUUUGAGUCAGAGAGGCUGUGGCAGCAUGUGACCAGGGCUAUAGUGGACCGUGACCAGAACCAGGCAACCCAGGAGAAGUUCGUACUGGAGGAGGCUCAGAGGAAUCAGGCCAAAGACCGUGGAGACCAACCUUGGCGCCCCAGACUCUUCAACCUGGACUCUGUCACCAACGAAUGGACAUACACACACAUAGACACACGGCCGUGGGACCCUGAGCGCUGUCUGGUGCAGUUUGAGAAGCACGGGGUGAUCCAGACCAAGGAGAAAUCACAGAGACGACAUAAAGGACUGGCGUACAGCCGCGCCUCAGCCUGGGCUAGCCAGCAGAAGGCCCAGGUGAAUGGGAAACACAGGAAAGGCAGCAGCCAGCCGUCUAGCUGCAGCCAGAACACUGAGAGCAGCAGCACUACACCAGAACCUACACACGAGUCCUCUGAUAAUGAAGGGUACCUGAGCCAGUGUGCACGGUGCAACAAGGAAGUGAAGGACAUCGCUCUCAUAGAGGCCUCCAUCGCAUCCGUACAGAAGACACAGCAAGACAUCCAGAGGAACCUGAUAGCGUUGGGUCGUCAACUGGGCCGUCGCCGGGAGACUGAGGACAAUGUGACACUAACUGGACGCCACUGUUUCAUCCUGUGUGUCCUCCUGCUCUCCCAACUCUUCCUCAACUACAUUUUCACCUGAACUAGCCUGUGACAGGAGAAGUUACCCCUCCCCCCCCAGGCACGGAUCUAGGAUCAGCUCAACACUCCCUAUUAACCCUGACCUUAACUAUUAGAUGGAGAAGAAGCAACACUGACCUUUGAUCAGCGUCUAGGGGCAGCUUCGUCCUGUUCUCCUGAUUACGGGAGGGCCACACGUGCCAUAGCAAUAAACACAGCCACCCACAGCCACCACUCACCUGCCAACCAGAGCGGAGCAGAGCGCCCUCCAGUGUAGCCAGACAGCACGGCACCCAAGCACUUUGGACUGAGAAGACCACGACAGAAAGAGAAGAUCAGAAAAAGAAAGAGUGGACUGACUGAGGGUGUUUUUCUAAAAGAUGAAUGAGAGAAUAGGGACUGAAUGAGCUUUUUUUUUUUAUAGGAAUGAGAAGGUAUUAUGGUUUUACAGAAGAGGAUGUUCCACCUGUCUUUUAUUAAUGGAUGUGUACUUUUUAUACUCCCCCCUGCAAUACUAUUGUGUGUGUGUGUGUGUGUGUGUGUGUGUGUGUGUGUGUGUGUGUUGUGUGUACGUACAGUAGGCCCUAUGUGGCAUUGAUGGACUACGGCUUGGCGUCCUUAAUAGUCCGCCUUCACUACAGACUUUGGGCCUUAACGCUAAAGCCACAAAGAAGAGAAAACAAUGUGACGUCGACAAAACAAAGUGAACUCGAGAUAAGAAAAAGAAACUUCCAAUAAUGCAUUUGUCUUUCUGUGUAGAUCUAUAAUAUGUAACUGUUUGGGCGUUCUGACCAAAUUCACGUAGACAUAUGUGCUAUAGAUCUGUCACUGAUUGAAAGCAAGUCUAUGAAGCCGUAGAUAUGUUCUAUGUGCUUUAUUUCUAUGCUUCCCAUGAAGUUUUUGCGUCUUUCGCUUUCGGUUUUGUACACUAGCUUCAAACAGCUGAAAAUACGAAAUAUAUUUCCCAGCGGUUUAGAUGGUACAAUUAUACUCCACACUAUACUUGCUUGUUUUGUCACAAACUGAAAUUUGGCGAAUUAGAAUUUUUGCAACCAGGAAACGAUUUCCGCAUAGUGCAUCUUUAAUAAUGAUGAUGAUGAUUUUACCAAAACAGUAUUUAUAACCUGAAAGGUAAAGAGUACUUGUUUACAGGUUUGUGUGUGUGUGUGUGUGUUUAUAUUGACAUAUAUAAACGAAGGGUAGGCAGAGAGCGGCAGGUUAGAAAGCCAAAAGGGAUGUGUGUCUGUCUGCGUAUGCCUGUAAGCGCCAUCAGGGAAUGGAUUUAUAGCACUGCUCUGGUGUAGACCAUGACACUAGUGUAGACAAUCAGUCAAAGAGGACAGAUGGUUGGCGGUGUAGAGAGAAUGAACAGGGGAAGGGAAACAACGAAAGACUGUUAAAGGUAUAGGAUAAUGGGGUUGUCGAUGGGUCGGACGGCGCUGUUUGGAAGAACUGUUCUAGAUGCGAUUACAAUUUCUUGGGGGUCAAUAUACCCAUAUGUGUAUAUAUUAGUCUGGAGCACACACACACACACAAGCACUGUGUUACCAAUGAGAUUCAGAAUGUAUUUAUUGUGUGAUUCACCUUGAUUUACGGAUCAUACUCCGCUUGGAAGAUGGAUGCAAGUGGUGACAAUCGCGAGUAAGUUUGUUCUCCCAGGUGUGUAUGUUUGACUCCCGUGUUCGUUUGGCACCAAACAGGAAAAUGGACUGAAACAGGAAGGGACACUGGACUAAUUUCCGUUCGGGUUUUAAAAUGGGUUGUACCCUAUUGAACGUGACCCAGGUGUACCAGGGGAACCAGGUCUGUGAUCUAGCCUUGGGAUGUUACUCGUACGUACGGACAGUCAGGCAAGUAGGAGUCAAACAGGGUCAAAAUUGAAAAACCAACGUCAUUGGUUGGUGUAAACUUGCCCUUGUCCAGGCACCCAAUGGGGAAGAGGAGAUGAAGGAAGUAGGAAUUCGACUUUGAAUGCUUUGAUUCACAGUUUGUUCUCUUGUUUUGCACUCUACUGUCAUGUAUACAGAUCUUUUUGUCAUAUGAGAAUGAAAGAAAAUGAUUUUUCUAAAAAAAAACAAAAAAUGUUCAUACCUGUUGCAUACUGUAGCACUACAGUAAACAUUGACAUUUUGCCUGGACACCCAUUCUUGCUCUUUUGAUUGAGUUUCUCCACUAAAUGGUCAGUGCUGAAAGUCACGUUUGGUUAUACAGUGUUGCAAGGAAAGUCAUACAGCAUAGACGCUAGCCAGGUUUCCGUAGACCCAGGUUUAUCCGACAAAUGAGGAUGGAACUGUUUUUUGAAUAAAUGAUUGGCGAAUAAUUGAAGGUA